GCACUUCAGGGUCAAACAGGUACGCGCUGCGUUUGAUGGAUUUUCGAGAGGUGUUGGCUUUGGCAAAGAAAAAGCAGUCUAAACAUGAUGAUGAGGUUAAACGUAUCGAAGAACAGGCAAAACAACGUGAACUUGAGAAGAAAAGGCAACUGGAGAUUGCGAACAAAUUGAACCGCAAGUUUACAAAACCUAACCUUAUAACCAACAAUAAUGUAAAGGUCCAGAAUCAUAGUAACGCUAGUACGUCUCUUUCUUCAACAACCACAGUCAAGGCUUCCACAGUAAGAUCUAAAACAUCCGGUCCAGACACAAGUACAGUGUGCAAACCUGAGAAAUCAACAGUCUAUAAAGAUGCAAAAGAUGAAAACGUUAAAGCAGCCAAUAAGUCAUUACAAAGCACCGUUUAUCAUGCCCCACAAAGUCUAACUCCAAGAAAAAUGGCGAAAUGCAGUCAAAGCCCAACCGCCUUUCUUUCGCAGAAAUGAUGGAACUGGCUAAAAAAAAUGUUCACCAAACUUCAGAUAGAAAAAGACCGUUUGAUGAUCUUAUCCCUUGUGCUGUUGAUUCGAAAUAUCGAAAGUUAGACUCUAAUUUCAUUGAUAGUUCUAAGCCUGCAAGUACCACUUCAAGAGACGUUACUAAAACUAAGUCACAGUUAGCAUCAAACUUAUCAGAAUCUUUGAAGGCUUCUCAAGAGGUAGAGUUACCAAAGCUUUCGCAUUCUGUUGAUUCGAACGGCUUUGGUAAAACUGGCCACAAAAGUGUAAUGGAAAAAGUUGUUCAACAUCUUGAAAAAAGCCACCGGGUUCCCUAUGAUUUGCACCAGAAGAAUAAUAACUCUAGUCAACGUACUACCUGUGUAAGCCAUUCUGCAACGCUACAAGAGAUCAACGCGAAAUCCUCAAAGCCACCCAAGACAUCGAAAGUUCAUCUCCCCAAAGGAAGUAGACCACCACCUAAAAACCUCAUCAAUUCAAAGUUGGUUUCUAUUAACAUGAGCAAUAAAAAGAAAUCAGUAGUUGCGCAACCUCCCAAAACGUCAGUUUCCCAAAAUUUCGGUAAUGUAAAAUUUCCUUUAUCUAAAAGUAUCCCUACGUCAACUAAGGACGGUAUCAAGAACCUUAACAAGAAUAGUAAUAGCAUUAAACAAAAAUCGAAAGAAUAUCCUCAGUCUAAGAAUGUCGAUAACAGAACCCAAGGAAGAGGUAUAGCUGCACAGUUAGGCGUUAGCUUUCAGUCCCAAAAUAGCGCCAACAUGUCUGUUUCUGAUUCUGCUGAAGAGGAUGAAUAUAUGAGUGAUGAUAGUUUCAUAGAUGAUAGUGAAGUACUGCAAUCAAAGGAGUACGCCCGAGUCGUUCGUGACAUUCAUCGUGCUCUGAAGUUUGAUCCCCGGAAGUACAAGGAUGUCAAUCCGUAUGAAGAUCUACGUUGUAUGGAGGCGAAGUACUGUGAUAUAGAAAAAGAAGAACGUCGGAGUGCACGUUUGGCAGCUCUAGAAGAUAAUGAAGAACUGAUUCGUGAUAUGAUGAGACGAAAGGAGAAAAUGGCGAAAAAACGGCAGCAAUUUCUAGGCGAUGAUAAUGAUUGAUUUUGCGUUAUUUUUUUCUAAUUCAGGUUUACCGUUGUCUUUCUAUUAAAUAUGCGUGUUAUUUCUGUUGUACAACUGUAAUUUCUUGUCUGUUAAACACCAGAAAAAUUGUUUGUUUAAAAUGCUAUUUCAUCGUUUUUACCCAACAAGGUAGCAAUAAUAUAUAUGACAUUGUAUGUUGGUAAGUCGUUAUGAGUUUUCAUAAAAUUCAAUCGUACCAACAGAGAGUAAAAGA